GCCAGCUGAAAAUGGCUUGUCCUGAGCUACCUACUGUACAUGUAGACGCAACUGAAUGAGCUGAAGACGAUCUGUUCGUAUGCUACAGCUUGCAUCGCAUGAAGGGCGUCUUCUUCGGCGCUUUUUCCCUUGGCCUGAACGGUUCUUCUUGUUUGGUGGCAAUGAAAGCAAGCAUCCAUUGCGGCGGCCCUCUUCAAGUUUUUGAAUCUUGAGCAAGCCGAUUUUGGAUCCAGCCAGUUUGCGAGUGGCAAAUCCUGGUUGCAGUCGGAACAGUUGAAUAUAGAGCUUCGAGUGGUGGGCUCAUACUGUUUGUCACCGGAAUCUCCUUGGAGGAGUUUUCGCCAAUAUGCCGGGGACAAAGAAAACGGACCCCCCAGCUGGGGGAGCUGAGGACAUGGAGGGCAUCAUGGAGGCAGUGGCCCAGUAUCGCCAAGCGAAGCUGCGGGGGCAGGUGGAGGCGGACCCCCAGAUUGAUGCAAUCUGGGAGCUGAUGCAGAAGGCCCAGGCAGAGGGCGUUCUGGGACAGGACUUCAAGCUGCCGAGCAGCGCCAGGGAGCCUGCCCCUCAGGCGGAGGCAGAAGAGAUUACGCCGGAGCCAGGAUUUGUGGUCAAGACUGCAGACGAGGAGAGGGGCGCCAAGGUCUUCAUCAACGUCUGUGGCUCAGACAAGGUAGCCGCGCCUGGUGAUUGGAAAAAUGGUGUCCCCAAGGAAGUCGAAGAAGCGAUGGGGGAGCUUGAUGGGGAUCCAAACAUGCCAACGUCCACGAGCAUUGACGAGACGCUGCGCUUCCCACUCAGCCUCUCCGAUCCAUUCACAUCAACCGACAAGGGCGGCGCUGAGUGCACCGUAUACGACAUCGUUCUCAACUCCGAGGUGGUGAAGAACGCCAAGUUGCCGGGCCCUCUUGCGCGCCGCUUGAAAACGUUUCUGGUGGAGCUGUGCAUGGGCUGGGUGGCGCACAAGCACGGCGUGCGGCUGGACCCCAAGUACAAGCUGCCCCGCUCUAGUUACAAGGGCGACGGGCGGGCCAAGCACCGGAUACGCGCUGAGACCAAGCCGCUUAUCCAGGAAGUGGCGGGCUCCGACGACGAUCGGCCUAGCUUUGGUUUGGGGUUCGACCAGAAGGCGCGGGCCAAACCCGUAGCACCCCGCACAGACGCAGCCUCCGAACCCUCGAGACCCGGCUCAACGGCUCAGGCGGAAGCAUCGCUACCAACUCCAGACUUCUCUGUCGAGUAUGAAGGCCGACCCGUCGAAGCGACAACAGUGACGGUCAACUUGCCCGCUAUUAGUACAGCAGAUGGCUUGAGGGUGGAGCUUGCCGCUGGCGAGCUUCGAGUACAUGUGCCGUCCAUAUACGCUCCUGCCACAAUCCCCCUCCACUUUCCGACGGAUCCAAAGCGCGUCGAGGUCACCUUUGACGAAUCCAAGCGGCAACUGCGGAUACGGCUGCCUUUUGGGCCGUACCGAGACUUGUUCAAGGAGCUCAAAAGGGCGGCGCCUCAUUCCUUAGCCUCCUUGGAUUUCCGGACCAAGAAGUCCGUGUUAGAUAUCGACAUUUAAUAUCACCGCCUAAACAUACGCAAUUCAGGCCAGCUCAUUGUGCCAACGUCAUCGGAAAUUAUACGUACGGUCUUUGAAGUUCAGGUGAAGGCUCCUGGUGAAUUGAAUUCAUGGACUGGUGUGUGUUUGCAUGCAAGUCGUACUCUUCUCCCAGCA